AUGAAGAAUAUACUCUUUUUAUUCGUUACUUUUGGACUAUUUCUCACUUUUUGUUUGAGUCUUCGAACAUCAUCAUUAGAUCGAGCAUGGAAAUUAUUUAAAAAUAUUCAUGAAAAACAAUAUAAUUCAAUCAACGAAGAACAACUUCGACGAAAUAUUUGGGAAGCAAAUGUUCGAAUGAUUCAAAAACAUAAUUUAGAAGCUGAUUUAGGUCUUCAUACAUAUACAAUGAAAAUUAAUCAUUUUGGUGAUCUUACACAUGAUGAAUUUCUCAAACAAAUGAAUGGAUUAAAAAUCAAUCCGGAAAAGAAACUAAAUCAAAAAUUUCAUAUUCGAUCUAAUACAAAACUACCACCAUCUGUUGAUUGGCGGACAAAAGGAUAUGUGACACCGGUGAAAAAUCAAGGGCAAUGUGGUGCAUGUUGGGCAUUUUCAACUACGGGUACACUUGAAGGACAACUUGCUAAAAAAACACAAAAUCUUAUUUCUUUAUCUGAACAACAACUUGUUGAUUGUUCAUCAGAUUAUGGAAACGCUGGUUGUAAUGGAGGUCUGAUGGAUAAUUCAUAUAAAUAUCUUGAAGAAAAUAAUGGAAUUGAUACAAAUGCAAGUUAUCCUUAUGAAGCUAUUGACGGAAAGUGUCGAUUUAAUAUUAAAACUGUUGCAACAAAAGUUGCUAGUUAUGUUGAUAUUCAAGCUCAAUCAGAAGAUGAUCUUCAAGAUGCCAUUGCAAAUAUUGGUCCAAUUGCAGUUGCAGUUGAUGCAAGUCAAAAUUCAUUUGAAUUUUAUUCAUCAGGGGUUUAUUCAGAAAGUGCUUGUUCAUCAACACAAUUAGAUUUUUCGCUUUUGGCUGUUGGAUAUGGUACAACAACAGAUAAUCAAGAUUAUUAUAUUCUUAAAAAUCAAUGGACAACAAAAUGGGGAAUGGAUGGUUAUAUGUUAUUUGCAAGAAAUAAAAAUAAUCAAUGCGGUAUUGCUACAAUGGCUAGCUAUGCACUUAUUUAA